CCUCCAGGUUUCUCACCAAACAGCAUGUUCUCAGUCUCUCUUCAGGACUCUUCAUCAGCUCAGCAGAUUGAAGAUCACAUUUAACUUGCACGCACAGGUCUCAGGAGGGAAAGAAAGUCAUCAAAAUGCCAGCCAGCCUCUGUGAUACAUGGGACAUCAUGAGCAAUGUCAACUUGGAGGGCUACAUGACUGCACUGGGUAUCAGCCCUUGCUUACGAAAGAUUGCUCUGACGGUGAAGGUGAAGAAGGUGAUCGAGCAGCAAGAGGAUCAGUACACCAUCAAAACUACCAGCAAGGUCAAAAACUACACCAUCGCCUUCAGAGUGGGUCAGGAGUUUGAGGAGUUCACCAAGGGAUUGGACAACAGACGUGUCAAGUCACUGGUGACAUGGGAGGGGAAUAAACUGGUGUGUGAACAGAUUGGAGAGAAGAAGAACCGGGGUUGGGCUCACUGGAUUGAAGAGGACAAGCUACAUCUGGAGCUGUACUGUGAAGGAGAAGUCUGCAAGCAAAUUUUUAAGAAGAAUGCGAACGAGUGAAGAGGAAUGAAAGUUGUUUUUCUGGAGAAUUUACUGUGAUGAGAAGUGUGUUAGAUACACAACUCUAAUACCACACUUACGACAGUGGUCUUUUUUCGGAAAUGUAACUUCAAAGCUCAGUUCUGGUGAUAAUGUCUUUCCUGUCAGGGUAUUGAUUUACACCACUAGAUGGCAUCAGUGCAUUUUUUGUCAGACACCAAUGUCCAAACUGGUCUGUCGGUAAAUGGUGCUCGGCCUAAUGAAGUCAAGAGAAAUGACUGUGCAUCAUGCCUGAUUUUGUCUCCUUUAAGCUACCUUAGAGACUCAAUGCAGGCUAUGUGCGGUGCAAACUUGUUGUUUCCUUCAAAUCUUUAUUGUCUAAUUGGACACAUUUGGCUUGUGCUGGCCAUAUUACAUUUGGUUGAGCUAAUUCUAAAAAUCAAAAUCCUUCUCUCUUGUAGAUACAUUUAUUCCCAAUGUACAACUUAAGUGAGGUGUAGGAUAUUUGGAAUACAGUUUUGUAUAAUUUUGUAUAAUUUUGUAUAAUAAAGUGGGUUUUUGAAAUCUGAA